GGGCUAUGGCGUCUACAAAUCAACUGAGGGAAAGAGCUGUUCACCGCACUGUAUCAGUAGGUGAUUCACUGUAUGUGUGGGCUGGUCAUCAGGUUGGUUUACCUGAAGUACAUGAUAGUGAAGAGAAGAGGAGGAUCACUAGUAAUAUACAACACUUUACUCCUUCAACUGGUCAAUGGAUUACUAGAGAUACUACUGGCACGCCUCCAUUAGGAGUGAGAGCAUGCUGCUGUACUGCAAUAAAUGAUCAGUUGUAUUAUUUCGGGGGAAGGUGUGGCCAUAAUGAUUGCUAUCACAACAGUAUUACACAACUGGAUACCGUUAGUCUUCAAUGGAGAGAGUUAGAACCAACUGAUGUAACUAGAUCAGUUAUGAGGAGAGGUUAUGGUGGAAUGAUAUCAUUUGAACAUGAUGGAAUACACCAUUUACUAAUGAUAGGAGG